AUGAACGGGGGCGCAGUUGAUGCUACCUCCUUUCUUUCGAAACAAGCCAUUCCUACCAUGGUAGCUCAUACAACUGCUACUCCCACAAUCCUACCGGUACCACAACCGCAACAGACGACAAUUAACAAUACCAUGAGUAGCACACAAACAGAGUCGAAGAUGAUCGCACCAGCAGCUGCAGAUCGACUAUAUCGUGCUCAAAAUGAAGACGCGGCAGCUCAAUCAGCUGCUUCUAAGAAUCGAAUUCCGACAUACAACGAACUGCCAGCAAGAUACCAGCUCAUUCAGGUCCUGGGCAGCGGAACAUUCUCGGAGGUUUACAAAGCUUUUGAUAGCGUCACAGGAUCAUAUGUGGCAGUCAAAGUGAUUCAUUUUGAAGACAAAAGUCAAGACGCUCUAAAUCCGUCUAUUCGUGCUCAAAAUCGCUCGCCUGAACUCGCGUCCAUCUUGCAAGAGGUGCAGAUCAUGCGACGGUUGCGUCACCAAAACAUCGUGCAACUGCUUGAUUUUGUUCAGACGACAGAAUAUUGCUUCUUGGUUAUGGAAAUGGUUAAUGGCGGUGAGCUAUUUGACCAAAUUAUCAAGCUCACUUACUUGAGCGAAGAGCUGUCGCGACAUGUCAUCUGCCAAGUAGCAGAGGGAAUUAGAUUCAUGCAUGUGGAAUGCGGUAUUGUGCAUCGCGACAUUAAACCAGAAAAUCUCCUGUUUGAGCAAAUUGAUAUGGUCCCUUCCGAUUCUUUUCAUCGUAAGCCAUAUGACGAAGAAAGCAAGGUGGAUGAAGGAAAGUUCAUUCCUGGCGUCGGUGGCGGCGGUAUCGGCCGCAUAAAGAUUGCAGACUUUGGUCUCAGCAAGAUUGUCUGGCAACAGGCGACUAAAACGCCGUGUGGUACUGUGGGUUAUGCUGCUCCCGAAAUUGUUCGCAACAAUCAGUAUUCUCUCAGUGUGGAUAUGUGGGCUCUCGGCUGCGUUUUGUAUACGUUGUUGUGUGGAUUUCCGCCUUUCUACGAUGAAUCGAUUCAAGCUCUCUCUGAAAAAGUAUCACAAGGAAAAUAUGCUUUCCUUAGUCCUUGGUGGGACGACAUUAGCGAUGAGGCUAAGGAUCUCGUGAGCAAACUUUUAUGCGUGGAUGCCAAUAAGCGAUUGACGAUCACACAAUUCUUUGAACACCCUUGGGUCAAUUCGAAGAAGAGCAUGCCCUCAUCCACUCCUGUGCCACUAUCUCAGUAUCGCAUGAAGUCCUGGUCUCAGCUGAGUAAAGACGUUUCGGUGGACUCACCAUUGCUUGCGUCGCUGCAUGGGAACGACCAUUACGAUGUGAAAGCUCAAUUGACGCCUUAUAGUAAGGAGAAUCUCCAUGAGGCAUUUGAUGUGGCCUUUGCCAUUCAGCGAAUUGAGGAGGAAAUGCGACAAACCAAACGGUGCGCGAAAUUUGGUUUACCCAACUAUGCGGGUGUUAAUUCUACAGCCGACGACAUCGCUACAGCCCCAGCACGCUAUGGGCAGACGGCGGCUAAAGUUAUUUUGGACAAGCACGACGCACGUGUGAAGCAAACAGGGCUAAAGCUGAAAAAGAGUGCGAAAGAUGAAUUCCAUCUCUCCAUGGAUCAUGCCACGAUUCUCAAGCGGCGGAAAUUCUCACCUGGAUUCAAAAAUCAUGAGAGAUUGCCUACAGGUAUUCAUGCCUUUUCAGAGCGAAUUCAAGCUUGA